GUUCAAUCUCACUUGGCAUGAUAUUUCCAUUUUAAUUUUAUAUUUCAAGAAAUUAAAAAUCUAUAAAGAUCACCCAUUCUUCUUUCUCGUUUUCUCGUCUUAAACUCACCAUCUCCCUUACAACUUACAAGCCAUGUCGGCCUUCGUCGGAAAGUAUGCCGAUGAGUUGAUUAAGAAUGCCAAGUACAUCGCCACACCAGGCAAGGGUAUAUUAGCGGCUGACGAGAGCACCGGAACCAUUGGAAAGCGUCUCUCGAGCAUCAACGUUGAGAACAUCGAGUCGAACCGCCAAGCUCUUCGUGAACUGCUGUUCACCGCACCAAACGCGCUACCUUACCUCUCGGGUGUCAUUCUUUUUGAAGAAACCCUAUAUCAAAAAACUGCUGAUGGGAAACCUUUUGUUGAUGUCCUCCUAGAGGCCAAUGUCCUUCCGGGUAUUAAGGUUGAUAAGGGUGUGGUUGACCUUGCUGGCACCAACGGUGAGACCACCACUCAAGGGUUUGACGGGCUUGGUGCCCGUUGUGCAGCCUUUUACAAGGCUGGUGCACGGUUCGCCAAGUGGCGAGCUGUGCUUAAGAUUGGAGCGACUGAACCCUCUGAGCUUUCUAUCCAACAGAACGCUCAGGGGUUGGCUCGCUACGCAAUCAUUUGUCAAGAGAAUGGGCUUGUGCCCAUAGUUGAGCCAGAGAUAUUGACCGAUGGGAGCCAUGAUAUCAAGAAAUGUGCUUAUGCAUCCGAGAUGGUGUUGGCUGCGGUUUACAAAGCGCUCAACGAGCAACAUGUGCUUCUUGAAGGAACCCUCUUGAAACCGAAUAUGGUGACACCCGGAUCUGAUAGCCCUAAGGUGACACCAGAAGAGAUUGCUGAAUAUACUGUGACAACACUACGUAGGACAGUGCCAGCAGCGGUACCAGGAGUCGUGUUUUUGUCGGGUGGGCAAAGCGAGGAAGAGGCGACAGUGAACCUGAACGCGAUGAACAAGCUGGAUGUGUUGAAACCGUGGACACUAUCAUUCUCGUUUGGACGCGCAUUGCAAGCAAGCACCCUGAAGAUAUGGGGCGGUAAGAAGGAGAACGUGGCAGCGGCGCAAGCCAACUUCUUGGCGAGGUGCAAAGCUAACUCCGAGGCGACUCUCGGAAAAUACGGUGGAGAUGGUGCCGGUGGUUUAGCCUCCGAGAGCUUGUAUGUGAAAGGAUACAAAUACUAACUAAGCUACCCAAGAAGUAGUGAAAAUAAAUGUGGCAUGCUAUCGUGUUAAGUGCAUUAUAUGUUCAUAUCCUUACAUUACGAUUCAUACUUUGUAACUUCACUCCUCUCCCUUUAUGUAUUUAUAUAAUGAUCUUUAUUCAUA